CUCUCUCUUUUGCAAUCCAAUCUACGUAACAAUCUUACUUCAUACGCUCUUUCUCUCUCUCUCGCUCUCUAAAAUUCGGAGCAGAGAUCUUCGACCUCUGCAACAAUGGAGAUGUUCUAUUACCUCGUGUUCGGGGCUCUCGCGGCCAUAGUCGCAGUUCUGGAGCUAAGCAAGAACAACAAAGAUCGGAUCAACACAUCUCAGGCUUUCAAUUCCUUCAAGAACAAUUACCUUCUCGUAUACUCUCUCAUGAUGGCCGGGGAUUGGUUGCAAGGCCCGUAUGUGUACUAUCUAUAUAGUACAUAUGGGUAUGGGAAAGGGGAGAUUGGACAACUCUUCAUAGCAGGUUUUGGAUCUUCCAUGUUGUUUGGGACAAUUGUUGGGUCUCUAGCUGAUAAACAGGGUCGCAAGAGAGCAAGUGUGACUUACUGCAUUACCUACAUACUGAGCUGCAUUACCAAGCAUUCUCCUCAUUACAAAGUUCUGAUGUUGGGUCGUGUUCUGGGUGGUAUUGCCACUUCUCUCCUCUUUUCUGCAUUUGAGUCGUGGCUUGUGGCAGAGCACUUUAAGAGAGGGUUUGAUCAACAAUGGCUGUCACUAACAUUCUCAAAGGCAAUAUUUCUCGGCAAUGGUCUAGUUGCUAUUCUUUCUGGGUUAUUUGGAAACAUGCUAGUUGAUAGCUUGAGUCUUGGGCCUGUGGCACCUUUUGAUGCUGCUGCGUGCUUUCUUGCAAUUGGGAUGGCCAUUAUUUUAUCUUCAUGGACUGAAAAUUAUGGAGAUCCUUCAGAGAACAAGGACUUGCUUACCCAGUUCAAGGGUGCAGCCGUGGCCAUUGCUUCAGAUGAGAAGAUUGCAUUAUUGGGCGCAAUACAGUCCCUCUUUGAAGGCUCAAUGUAUACUUUUGUGUUCCUCUGGACUCCUGCCUUGAGCCCGAAUGAUGAGGAAAUUCCCCACGGUUUCAUUUUUGCAACUUUCAUGUUGGCAUCUAUGUUGGGAAGCUCAAUUGCAUCUCGCCUGAUGGCUCAGUCAUCUCCUAAAGUCGAGAGCUACAUGCAGAUUGUAUUUGUAGUUUCUUCCAUCUCUCUCCUGCUUCCAAUUGUGACAACUUUCUUGGUUGCUCCUUCUAAGGUGGAAGGUGGAGGCAUCUCCUUUGGCAGUAGUCUGCAGCUCCUUGGCUUCUGUACCUUUGAGGCUUGUGUGGGGAUAUUCUGGCCUUCGAUCAUGAAGAUGAGGUCUCAGUACAUUCCAGAGGAAGCCAGAAGCACCAUCAUGAACUUCUUCCGCAUUCCUCUGAACAUAUUUGUGUGCGUUGUGCUAUACAAUGUUAAUGCAUUCCCGAUCACUAUAAUGUUCGGUAUGUGCUCAAUUUUCCUCUUUGUGGCAUCUAUCUUGCAAAGGAGGCUCUUGGUGAUCGCUGAUAAGUCAAAGGUUCAAGAUUGGGCUGCAAUGAAGGAAAGGGAUGCUGAAGCAGAGCCAUUGAAUGAUGCUUGAUGCCAGAAAGUGUGACAAAAAACAAAAAACAAAAAAACAAAAAA